UCCUAUUGUAUUUGCAAAGGUUGGGAGAAAAUCAUACAGAAGAUACCAGAAGUGUUCAGAAAAGAAGACGAUAUGGGAUGGACUCCUCUUCAUUAUGCCGCUUGCUUUGGCAAUGUCAAAGCAGUUCGACUGCUCCUGCAACACGAUACUUCAGUGGCAUACUGCUCAGACAAAGAGGGGGAAUCGGCUCUUCACAUUGCAGCGUUUCGAGGCCACAUCAAGGUCAUUGACGAGCUUGUUAAAUCCUGUCCUGAUGCUUGUGACAUGAUAAACACCAAAAGGCAAACGGCUCUUCAUGCAGCUGUUAUUGGUGGAAAAACAAAGGUCGUCGAGCACAUACUAGGGAUGCCAAACCUAGAGGAUCUUAUCGACGAACAAGACACUGAUGGAAACACGGCUCUGCAUUUGGCUGUGCUUCAUAAAAAAUACCACAUCACGGACAUACUUGCAAAAGACAGGAGGGUGAACUGUUUUGCCACAAAUAAGGAACAUUUGACCGCCCUUGACAUUUUUUUUGCUCGUGAGGAGGUCAAAUUCAGAUAUUCUGUUUAUCGUGCGUUGAGAGGAUAUCAUGGAUUCCCGGUUAUACAAGACUGGGCUUCGGAAUAUGUCAAGACGAGGUUAGAUAAGCAAUCUUUUAAAGGUCAACCAGCUGGGUCUAUAACCACGGGAAGUAAUACUCCCAGCCAAGAAAAUUCCGAUUCGUCAAUGAAAAGAGUUAUCGACCUUGAAGUACUAGUGGCAGCGUUCAUUGCUACAGCAACCUUCGCCGCGGCCUUCACGAUGCCCGGAGGUUAUAUCAGUGAUGGACCCAACCAAGGAAUGGCGACUCUUGCUGGCAGGGCAGCUUUCACAACCUUUGUGAUAACAAACACUAUUGCGUUCAGUUUCUCCGCCACGGCAUUGUUCUUACAAUAUGAUACUUCUACGUUGAGCGAUCGUAAAAGGGCGAGAUUCACCGUCAGCGCCGGAACUUUCAUUUACCUUGCGAUGCUCGCAAUGGUGCUAGCCUUUGCUUCUGGUACGUAUGUAGUGUUGACCAGAACCACUGGGCUCGCAAUCGUUCCUUGGGUUGUGUUUGGAUGUGUGGGGAGUCAUUACAUCGUGGGUUUUAUCCAAGAUCCCAAAAAUCGUGCGGGGACGUUGUAUCUAUAUCCCUAUAUAUUCCUCCCAGAGGGAUGGCGUGAGUAUGGGAUACACUAAGAGAGCUGCUAAUGGCUGGGCUGGCUUUAUAGUCCCGUGAGCUUGUGCACGGGAGAUUUUCUUUUUGCUCUGUCAGUCGUCAAGUUCGAGCACUUUUAUGUCAGCUGUCCGAUUUAAAACCUGUCAACGUUGAGACUUUUCGUGUAUG